AUGGCAGAGCGGUUUUCUGCUUCGACCGCGUUUACAAACAUGAACAAUAACAACAGUGGGGAUGGUUGGGGUGACGAUUGGGGCGAUUGGAACGAUACGCCCAGCACCACUAGCACGAUGGCGAAUGAUGCCGGUGCACAGCAACCGUUCGGUUCCAAGCAUCCGCCACCUGGCCAUACUGUGACAACAAACCCGUACUUCCAGCAGCAGCCACAAAUGCACUCGAUGCCCGCUGGGCAGCAGUACUUCGAUGGGCCUCCAAACGCAGACCAGCGCAAUCACAACUAUUUGCCGAACCAACCAGGCGCUCCGCAAGGCGCGUAUCCCGUCAACAAGGCAGACAACACCGGCUACCCGCAAAUGCAACCGACGAUGGUUCCGCAGCCUCCAAUGUACUCGAAUGUAACGCCACAGCAACCGUAUGUUCCGCCGCCACAGCAACAGCCAGUCUACGGACAGGCCGAUAGUUUUUUCAAUUCCGUACCUACACCGCCUGCACAGCAAGUCUCUCCAGCUCCGACCCCCCAUCGUCCACCGUCGCAUCCUCCAGCAUCGAUCACCCCGCAGCUGAUGCCGACCUUCAGUCAGACCAUUUCCGACAGCUUCGACACUUCAGCGAGCAGCAGCUGGAAUUGGGUAACGGCGGCCGUGCAACCGGAGUCAACGGCGCGUGAUGUGGUGGCCUCAAAACAACCGCCGCCAUCGCAGACGUAUGUGGAUCACCCACAGCAACAACAACCACCGCAAGCAUAUGGGACGGGACGUCAGCAAAACACCCACCUACCGGAGAUAGUGCGUCUAAAGCAGGAAACACUAUCGCCGCAGUGGUCCAUCGAAAGUCAGGUUUCAUCGAACGACCGGUCGUCAGAAAACAGCGAAAACAACCCCGACCCGAGGAACAUUCAACGUUCCACGGCUGCCGUCGCCUCUGCUGUGCCUUCCGAAACCGAUAUGUCUGGUGUCAUCAAGGGAAAUGGGCCCGCUAGCAUGGGGGGCGAGCAUCAAUCGACGUACACGCCGUAUCAAGCGGCAAGACCGCCGCCGCCACCGCAAAGUUCCCACACUCCACCAGCUGGCGUUCCAGAUCGGUUAGAUGAGGUCCUGGAAGCGUUAAGCAUCAAGCAGGAACAGGGUGAGCUAGAAAAUCGAGGAACCAUUGAAUCCAACUACCGGGAGCAAUCGUUCCCACCUCCGCCUCCUUCGAUUGCCGGCUCGGCCAGUGGUCCGAUGGUCAACGAUUCGUUGAACCAUCCGUCGAAGUCGUCAUCCACGACCCCACCAUUGCCACCACCCCCGGUGGACAGCGGGAGCAGCGUUACGGCGACCGCACAACCGCCAGUACCACCACCAACCGUCUCGAAGCCAGCCGCUGGUCCACCACCUAAAGCGCUGCCAAACGUCGGCCCAUCCGCGAAUCCUUUCAAACGUGUCGGUGGUCGAUCGCACAUUGCCACACCGGGGCUAGCGGGAAUGAGUUCGUCCGCUCCUCCUCCGGUGGUUGCUUCCGCACCUCUACCACCGAUGAACGUGAACGCAGGUCCAUUCUAUUAUCAGCAACAACAACAGCCACCACAGUUACCAACCGCACUUUUGCAGCCCCAGCUCGCAGAGGAAGCGAACAAUGUGGAAACGCUCACGCCAGAAAAUCAGGAAAUACUUGUCGAAUCGCGUUCCCUAGAGCACGUGGAAAAUCAUGAAAUUGCCCCCAGCAACGACCGCAACCAAUACCUGCAAACGGGACAUCUGUCAGAGGAUGGCUACGGGUCGGAAAUGGCCACCGCGAGCACCAAUAGCAGCAACAGCAACAACGUCCGUGCUCAUCCAAGCUCGUUGACCACCGCAUCGGUUGCCGGGGUAGGAGCGGGGCCGAACGAUCGACGUCUACCUCCACCCGGACUGUCACGCUACGUACCGGGUCAGAACCAACAGCAACCGGACGUGAGUAUGCAGCCUGCGGGGCAAAGUUUCCCCGAGCCACCGCCCGGAUUGGAUCGAAUGGUUCCCGGUAUGGAUCUGCAGGAAAAUGCUUCCAAUCUUUCCCUGCUGGAGCGCCAAGCGGAUGGAGAAGUUUCAGACGGUGCAUCGGCCGUUCCAUCCAUUGUGCAGCCACCGUCUUCGGUAUCGGUGUCGUCGGGGCAUGCGUCCCAGCACUAUCACCACGGGGGACAGCACCAUCAUAAUCACGAGCGGGUCGAUAUGAGCGAUCGAAACUUGUACCGCGUUCCGGGAGAAAGUGACAAUCAUCACCACAAUCAGCAGCGUGUUGUGCCCGGAGGUCUGGAGCACGAUCGCGUGAUGUCAGCGACUGGACCAUCGAAUGUCCCUGUCGUUGCACCUUGCGGCCCAGCGUCUGCCGUUGUUCUGGGAGCUGCCACACCGGCUGCCACGUUGGAUAUGCCCGAAGAGCAACGUGAGCUGGUAAUGGACGGAGAAAAUCCGGACGAUCGACGCGAGGAAUCGCUCGUAGGAGGUAACGCGGAUCCUGUGGUUGCUGGCAGCGCGAGCGGAACCGUUACUGCACCUGUUGCGGCCACGAUCGAGACGGACUCGAACGUUACGAUCGACACGCCGCGCAAUGUGGAACCAUCGAACACGUCCACGGCGGACGAGAGCGAUAAGGGCGGCUUCUAUGGUGCCGGUGUUGGACCUAAGGGCCGUCGGGAGGAUGACAGUCUGAGGCGCUCAAACAAAAGUAAGAGCUCCCGUGAUCGGUACGAUACGGAGGAUUCGGAUUACAGCGAGCACGAGCGUCGCCGCCGGGAACGUGAAAGCAGUCUCGGUGCUGGUACUGGUGGACCGAGUGGUGGUGGUGGUGGUGCUGGGGGAAGUGGAGCACUCGCCGAUACGGCCAGCCAUCGUCACGAACGCUUGCGCCAUCGUACCGCUGGUGGGGGUGAGCGGGAUAAGGAUAGACGCAAGGAUACCGGACGCGAUCGGGACCGAGAGCGAGACCGCGAUCCGCGCGAUCGAGGGGACCGUGACUACGACUACCGUGAUCGAGACCGAACGAGGAACAGAUACGACCGCGAUCGGGAACGCUACGGCCGCAGUAGCAAGUAUGAUCGCGAAAUUCGCUACGAAACCGACGGUUCCAAGUACGAAACCGAGCGAUCGACACGAUACGAAAAGGACGACAAACGAUACAACAGCUCGCGCGAUGAUUACUACCGCAAGCGGGAUGAGCGUGGUCCCGGAGAAGAUGGGCGUACAACAGGAACGGGCGCUGGCCGAGAUCGGGACCGUGAUCGGGAUGGAGGUGAUCGGCGGCAGCGGAAGGAGAAGGAACGUUCCGAUCGGUACCGCGGCGAGGACCGUAGGAAAGACGAUCGAUACCGCGAAGGGGAAAAGCGUCGAGAUCGUCACGAUCGGCGCUACGAUCCGGAAGACUAUCGCACCGGCAGCCGCAACGGAACCGAACGCGAUCGUGCUCGCGACAGCCGCGAACGGGAUGAUCGCAAAGACAAAACCGAUCGCAAAUACAUGCCGCCCGGUUACGGAACGGUACCGGGUGCCAGUGGAGCGUAUGGUCAGGCAAGUGGCUACUACGACCCGUACAGCUACUACGCCCAGCACCAGCAGUACUACGAGCAGUUGCGACGCACGAACCCGCAAGCCUACGCCGAAUGGUACCGCACGUACUACUCCCAGAUGCAAGCCAGUCAGCUCCAGCGCGAUCUACUGACCACGGAUGGGCGCGAAUCGGUGCACUCGGGCCGCAGCUCGGCGAACGAUAAGGAACGGUUUAAUCGGACCACGCCGUUCAUGCACACUCCCGGGCUGUACAAUCCCGAGGAGUACCAUCGGCAUUACAAUAAUCAGUCGAUGCCAUCGGCGGCCAUCGGUGGCGGUGGCGGCCUCGGUCCCGGUGGUGCCCUGCUCGACCAGAGCUACCUGAGCGACGUGUCCGGGCAGCCAUCGUCACUGCCGCCGAUGUUCCAUCAUGCGCAAGCAUUCCAGCACCACCAGCAGCAGCAGCAGCACUCUUUGCUUCACCAACAGCAGCAGCAGCAGCAACAUCUUCGGGCCACCACUUCGCUGGCACUGGACAGAACGUACCACCACGGUGACGCGGGCGGAUACUUUCAACCAAGAAUGGAUCAAAUUGAUGCAUCGAUUGCAAAGGUGGACACCGGUACUGAACUGUCGAUGAUGGAACCGGAACGGCUGACGCCGCGCAAGUUUCCCGAAAUACACCCAAUCGUAAACGUAUCGGCCGGGCUGCUCAUCUCAACGAAGAACCGGCUGACCAUGAAUGGGAUGGCGGACACAGUUAAAAUAUUUAGUCUGGGCUACAGCGAUGUGAGCAAGAAGCUGUUCCACACCUACCCGGGACCAUUGGUGAAGGGUGUGACGCAUAAGAAGUCGGUCAUUGAAUUUUGUGAGGAGCAACUACGUCAGGGGCCACCGUACAGCGGCGCACUGGCAUUGAUCAAGUCCCGGGGCAACUCAAUCAACAGUCUUCAUUCGUCGUCGCUUGCGGCCGGAGUUAAUCGUAGUUCCUUUACAUUGCUGUGGAAUUACAUUAUCCUAUUACUGCGACAGAAUGGCACCUUCGUCGGGACGGACAUCUCGGAGCUGCUGAUGCAAAACAAAACCGAAUAUCCGUUCGAGUCGCUACAGACUAGUGCAAUCCGGUCGGCAAACAUUAGCGGGCGUAACUCUUCCCUUUCAGUGGCAGCCGUAGAGCGCACCCCACGAGAAGCCGACGCACGCCAGGACGGAGAAAGCGAUCGCGAUGUUGCUGACGCAUCGCACGACGCAACACAGCAAGACUCUAAGGAUCCUUCACUGGAGCUAACAGCGGUCUCGAAGACGAGCCUUACCGAGCUCGAAAUAACCGACAAGUUCCGCAACUAUCUGCUGUACGGAAACAUUAGCGAAGCGCUCGAAUGGGCAACCGAGCACAACCUUUGGGGACACGCGCUUUUCCUCGCCUCGAAGGUGGACUCCCGGCAGCACGCGAAUGUUAUGAUGAAGUUUGCCAACAAACUGACGCUCAACGAUCCGCUUCAGACGUUGUAUCAGUUGCUGAGCGGAAGAACUCCUGCUUCCGUUACGAGCGUGUUGGAUGAAAAGUGGGGUGAUUGGCGCCCGCAUCUGGCGAUGCUGAUGUCGAACAGUUCGGCAAAGCCAGAGUUGAUUAAAAAAUCCAUCACGACGCUGGGCGAUACGCUUCUCAAUCGCGGUGAUUUGUAUGCCGCCCACUUCUGCUACCUCUUGUCCGACGUGGCCUUCGGUCGGUUCGCCGAUGUUAAGCAGGAUGCUGCUGUCACUGGGGGCAGCGCGGUUCGCUUGGUGCUACUCGGCGCCGCACACCACCAUCGUAACUUCCGCGAGUUGUCCACGAACGAGUCGAUUAUGAUGACGGAAAUUUACGAAUACGCGCGCUCGCUAAAUGAGGAUCGUUAUUCCAUCGCUGAGUUACAGCGUUACAAAUAUCUAUUAGCCUGCCGGAUGCUCGAUCAAGGCAUGCAGCUGAAAUGUUUACUCUACAUGGAGCAAAUUGCCGAACAGAUCCUGCAGGAUUCGUACCGUUUCGAUACGGACUUCGUGCGGAAGGUGUAUACACUGGGUGAUCGGUUGAAAUAUUACGAUCCAGUUAUGGAAAAAGCACUGGAUGAAUCUGUGGACAACACUGGCCGGGGCAAUAUCUAUGCAAACGUAGAAGAUCCGCAAUGGCUGAGGCGAUUAAAUGAACUUUUGCUAAGUAAUACAACGCUGCCCGGUGGUGCGAAUUAUAAUAACAACGAAGGUCAACUGACGUACGACUAUGCUGGUUAUGGACACGGCUUAGACCACACGCAACCCUCGAGCAGCACUGUUGGUCAAGAGCAAACGUCCGUGUCUGGUUACCCAACGGAAACGAGUGACAUCAAUAAGCAGUUUAGUGAGAUUAGUCACCAGCUCGGGCAGCUAAACCUGCAAUAUACCAGCGACACGCAACCACAAUAUCCGCCAGUCCCGUCCGCCGAUGGUUCGGCUUCGCAUCUGCAGCCGUCGUACGAAUCAUCCGGUGGUACAGCGGUCCCAGCAUACGAUCAAGGCUAUGAAUCGAUCAAUCAGCCGCACUCUAUGGUGGAUCCGAAUGUAGAUCAAGGUUCGCUGCAACAAACUCAGGACUCUAACGACUAUAGUCAGCCGCAACAGCCGCCAUUCAAUCAGUAUAUGAAUUACGAUCAGCAGCCGCAACAGCAGCCGCAACAGCAGCCGAUCGGUGGAACUAACAUUUUUACACCGGUAGCUUCAUCAGCGGACAAUAAUGAUCCCAUGGUAGCACCAGGACCCUACGAUGGUGCAUACUGGGGAGCAGCAGCUGCGCCUGGUAACAGUGAGCAUCAACAGCAUCACCAGUACCAUCGGCAUGACGACUUCGACGAAGAUGAGCACGAAGCCGACGAGGAAGACGACGACCACCAGCAGUGUGACCGUAGUUCGUCGUCACCCUCCCCGUCGGUGGAUGCUUCCUCCGGCAGAUAUCCUCGGUCGUCCGUAUCCGGCGUUGCCCCGCUGGAGCGUAGUGCACCACCUCCAUCGUCGGGCGCUUUCGAUUAUCAUCGAUCCAUUAUUCAGUCGUCAGCGUGUGAUCGCGGCGGAGCGUGCGUAAGUAGCGUUGUGAGGGAUGGCAAUGCGUAUGGCCCCGCAGGGAGUGGCAGCAGUAGUUCGCCACUCUCGGAAACCUUUCGUGGUGAUUACUGUGCUAACAACGACGACGGUGUCACGCGCGAAAACGCUUCACUGUUGUCCUCGCGAGAUCAACCAUGUGCAAACGCUUCUGUCAAGCGCCGUGCACGGCAACAAACGCUUGUUCCACUCACUAUGCGGCGGCACGUGCAGUUUCAAAUAGCAAAAUCAUCAAGUUCGACUUUAUGUGACCAUAGGAGGACGCAGACCGUAGGGCGAAGCGUAGACAAAUGCUGUACGGUAGAAGGUCCGUUGGUGCGAAAGGUUCGAAAAAAGCGUCGCAAAAUACCACAAGGAACCGAACACGUGCACAGUGUACCACAACAACUGAUACCCGGAGGACAACCCGCAACAAGCCAUCCGAUGAAACUUUCCAAAGCGUACCUCUACACGGCACGCAGCCGGCGGGAAGGGUUUCUCAGCCACCGGGAUGUGGUGUACAAUGGGACUUUUCCGAUCGACAUGCCAUUCUGUAGCCGGUUCAAGGACUAUAAUUACAGCGGCGAAAGCUCCGAUUCACCGACCACUGGUCCCUUAGCGGUGGACGGUGGUAGUCACGAUGGAGCGGGGGUACCAAAACCCACGAUCUCAAUGCCGAAUUCCGGCUCGAACCGGCCGGGAUUUCACGAUGAGAUAGAUGAAGAACAGAAGGCGAGCGCAAAUGGUGGAAUGAAGCCUCCACAGUCGAAUGCAGCACAGGGAGUCAAAAAGGGCCCCGUUGGAAAGGAUGCGAAGGCAUCGGGUCCGGGCGCUGCGGCCGGUGCGGGUGGAGCUCAAGGAUCGGGAUGGUUCGGUGGGAUUUGGAACAAGUUUUCGCUCAAGCCGAAGAACCAGAUGAUACUGCCCGAUGAUAAAAACCCAAAGAUUGUCUGGGAUGAAGCAUCGAAGCGCUGGGUAAAUACGGAUGAGGGUGAAGCGGAAACGGAAGCGUACAAGCCACCACCGAAGAUGUCAGAUCUUAUGCCGAAAGCAGCCGCACCGACCAUGCCCAAUGCUGCACCAGUAGCAGCCCCUACAGCUUCGAUGGGUGGAAGUGGCCCCGUACCACUCAUGCCAACGCCAACAGUCGAUCAAGGCGCGUUCUCACAAAAUCCCGUCCCGAUGGGUGCCGGAAAUGGUGGUAUGCCAGCGGGAGCUCCCGCCGUACAGUCUAGUACCCCCGUCGGUGAGCCAACGAAAGUUCCCACGUUGCAAUCGAACAUGUACAAAAUGCAGCGUAAUCGAACUUUGAAGAGAUCGUACGUUGACGUCUUCAAUCCAUCCGGUGCUGCACCGAGCCGCCCUCAGGAACCCGUACUAGCCCCAACUGUUCCAUCGUUGCCGACUGCACAGGGAGGCUUUUUCGUGCCCGCGGGACAGCAGACAAACGAUGGUGCUCCGGGAAUGCCACAGUUCUACAAUCCAAAUGAGUUUGCUGGUAGUAGCACUUACCAGCAGUAAUGUAAUCCACAACGCCCAGGUCAUAAAUGGCGAUUCUUGGACUGAUAAUGACAUAUUCAAAACUCAUGUUUGCUACAGCACCCGUCGGAAAACAAACAUAUGGCCCUACGACCAAGGAAACCACCAGGGAACAAGCACCGCAACUUUUAACGCACGAGAAACUCGUGCAACGUUGGCGGAAGGUUUGGAAACACGAAAGUAUCAGUCACAUUCACAGUUCUAGUUUAGUAGUGUGCAUCUAACCAAGUUUAUUUUACAUGCUGUACAUUUUUGAUAGUUUUUGUUUUCGUUUCGAUCUUGGGGUUGCGACUAUUUGAGUGUUCACUCCAAAUACUGUCUUUAGUUUGUGGAAUUUGGAACGUUAAUGGAUUAAUUCCCGUAAAACCGUUCAAGGCGCGAAGGAUGAAAAAAUCUGCUACAAAUCAGGCAACUAUUAGAAAUUUGAUUACUGCUGGGUGCUCGGUCCAUUUGAAAUUAGCCUCAAGGGAAUUGUUUAUGUAGCUUGUUUUCCGGGCGAAAUGUUAGAAUUGUUUAAAUAUUAAGCGUGUCCUGGCAAUGCUUUUCACCACGUUUCUUUACGUUCUUAUUCUUUAAGUCAAUCGUGCGUCAAUCUGCUUAGCUUAUUUGUUGCCUUAUAGUUUUAUUUGUCAUAUGAUGGCCUUUCUCGAGACGACACGACGAAGCGUUUUGUUUCAGCAAAUGAACCAUUGCAUUGCAAUACUUUCUGCGGAGAAAAGUUAUUAGUCUGUAACAUCAAUCUUUCUUGUGUGUGCAUUUAAGUUUUCCUUCCAUUGCGUGUUCUGUAGAUGUGUAUGAAAGAAAACGGUCAUUUUUCGCGAGUUAGCGAGGAAAGUUAAAAAAAAAAGUAGUACCGCAAAGGGACACAAAAAUCCCAACAGAGCUAGCACGAGCAAUUCAUUUAUGAUUCGACUACGUAUGAUUUAUUGUACUCUAUCAACUACAGGUGCGCGGAAGUGUUAAAUUGUUUUAAAAAUUA